AUGAGCGACGAGGAAUCUCUUUCUGACGCUGCUCCGCUAGCGAAGCGGACCCGUUUCAACGUCGCAGCCAGCAUACGAUCUGACGCCCCAGCGAAUCCUUCAUGGCAGGACAGGACCGAGUACGAUGAUUUCGACACCGCAGAGGCAGAGCUGGAGGAGGAAGAGAAAAUCGCUGAAGGCGUCAUCAUGUCCAUCCUCAUUCAGCACGGGCGGGUGGGCUGUGCCAUCUUUGAAGAUGUGUCUCAUACCCUCUUUCUCCUGGAGGACGCCGCCGUCGAAGCGCAUACAUCCACCUUCAAAGCCGACACAGUGAUCCUGGGACGAAGUGAUGUACAGGAAGGUCCUGAUGCUGGACACACAGCAGGAAAUGCAUCUACCAGUGCUGCAGCUAACAAGGAGACCGGUAUGCGGGACCUCGUUGGUCUCAUCAUCGAUCAGCAUAAACCAGACAUGAUCCUUGCCAGUUCAAAGUGCUCGAGCGAAGACAUCGAAGCGAUGAAGACUGACUUAACCGAGACUGGGGGUACGCUGCAAGUGCGGCCUGCACGCGAGUACGACCCUGUAGCAGGCAAGAUGCGGCUGCUGUCCAUUGGUGCUUUGGACGCCGACCGCGCGGCUGACUCACAGGAUGAUGAUGAGGGAUAUAGUGCAAGCCCUAAGAUCACCAGCGCUGCCGAGGCAGGCGAGCUACCCUUCUUCACCAAACGCCUGAAGCUUGCAUCCGCCGUCGACGCUGAGCAAAUGACUCUCACGACCGCUGCAGCGUGCGCCUUGCUCAGCCAUGUUUUCCGCCUCGUCUCUCAUGGCGCCUUGCCCAACGCUGAGCCAGGCCUCUCGCAUAUCAUCAGUGGCGUCGAGACCAUGUGCCUUUCUAAUUACUUGCAGGUGACAUCUGCGACGCAAAAGGCUCUGUCUAUCUUUGUGGAGGAGAGCGUGGCGAGUGCGCAGUCUUCCAGCAAGAAGGAGGGCCUGUCGCUUUUCAAUGUUCUAGACUUCACCGUGUCGCCAAUGGGUCGCACUCUACUACGCCGCUGGCUUGCUUGGCCAUCCGCAGUUAAGAAGACCAUCAACGUGCGCCACGACGCAGUCGGAUGCCUGCUUCGUCCGCAGACCGCCGCAGACCUCGUCCUUCUCGUUGCGGAACUCAAGGGCGGGGCCAACAUUGCUUCGCUCCUCGGGUCGGCGUUUGCUCGCGGUACGCCGAGCCUGGCCGCAUGGCGCAAACUCUCAGAGUACUGCAGGCAUGCCAUUGCGAUCAGCGAGAUACUGGGCAACUUCGAAAACCUCUCGAAAAUGCUCUCAGAUAUCCUCAGCGCCAUCAAUGUUGCUAGCCUUGCAGAUAUCGCAGACAUGCUUGGAAUCAUUGACUGGCAAGAGAGCACGCAAGAACGCUCUGUAGUCAUCUGUGUGGGCCAUGAUGCUCAGCUCGACGAGUGGCGCCGGUCGUACGCUGCGCUCCCUAGCCUGCUCAGCACUGUUGCAGAGAGCUUGCGCGGCACGGCGAUGCAGGAGCAUGCAGAAAGCUUCAACAUCUGCUUCUUCCCUCAGCUCGGCUAUCUCAUUGCCUUGCCACGUGAAUCCGAAGACAUGACUGGCGCAGAGAGGCAAAUCGAAGGCUUGACGUUCUCUUUCUCGUCCAACAUGAUGGAUUACUUCAAAUCUCAGGAAAUGGAGGACCUUGACGUUCACCUCGGAGAUCUUCACUCGUACAUUGCAGAUAGGCAGAUAGAGAUCACCAACGAUCUGCAACAGCGCGUGCUUGCCAAGCAGGCGGUCAUCUUGAGUGGAGCACAAGCUAUGGCGGAGCUGGAUUGUUUGAUUUCGCUCGCCCGGGCGGCGCAGGAGUACGGCUACGUGCGGCCAAACAUGAUUGAGGGCAACGAGAUCAGGAUCGAGCGCGGGCGCCAUCCUUUAUCCGAGCGAUGCGUCGAGAGCUUUGUUCCAAAUGAUGCGAUGCUCGUAGGCGGCAAAGGCGAUCUGCAGGAUGCUAUGGUCCAGGAUAGCAAUUUUGAAGAGUUUGACCAACAGCAGGCUGGAGAAUCCACGGACGCCGCAGCGGGAAACAGCAUGAUAGUUGUGACAGGCGCGAACUGCUGCGGGAAGAGCGUCUUUAUCAAAAGCAUUGCAAUGAUCGUUUACAUGGCACAAUGCGGCUCCUUCGUCCCUGCUGACCGCGCGGUCUUGGGUGUUUGCGAUAAAAUCUUGACCAGUAUACAAGUGCUUGAGUCGGUGGGAAGAAUGCAGAGCAACUUUCUUAUCGACAUAAGCCAGUGCAGUUUUGCCUUGAGACACUGCACGGCUCGCUCCCUCGUCCUUCUCGACGAGACGGCAAAGGGGACCGACGCCAAAGACGGGGCUGCACUGUUCGCUGCCAUUGUCCAAGACCUCUUGACGCGCGGUCAAGACUGUCCCAAAGCUGCCGUCGCAACCCACUUCCACGAUGUCUUCUUCAAUGGUAUACUUCCGCCAUACCUACCCUUCACUCCCAUGCAUAUGCAAAUUGUGCUGGAGCAGACGGAUGGAAACGAAGACAUCAUCUACCUUUUCAAAGCGGCUCCUGGAUUUUCGGACUCGUCGAAUGCUGGCCACUGCGCCCGGAUUUUCGGAAUUGACGUGGAGGUGGUGAACCGCGGUGAUUUCGUAACGCGUUUGCUGCGCCAAGGUCAUGCAUCUGAUCUGGCAUUUGCCGGCCUUGAAGACGAUGGCGAAGGGGCAGCAUACUCUUCCGCUUGCAUCACCAAUAAAGAAGAGCUGAUGGUGAUUGAAAGAGUGGCUCGGCUGUUCCUCGAUUGGGAUAUUGACGGCACCUUGCAAGAACUUGAAGACGGGAAGAAUGAAGGCAGCGAGCACAGACCUUUGAUUCGAGAGCAAGUGCGCGCCAUUCUGGCAAGCCAGCUGCUUAAGACCGAUCGUCCAGAACAUAUGGAAGAGCGCAACAACAUGGCUUCCAGUAAACAAGAAGGUAUUGCUGAUAUGAGGCCUGCUUACGCGGAUGGGUUUGAGAACCUCGCGCACGGCUUCGCGGGCUCCGAUUGCCACAAGUACAUACCAGAAGAGGUGGAAUUCUUAGACGCUCCUUGA